AUGGAGCUGGGAAAUCACACCAGGGUGAAAGAAUUUAUUUUUCUGGGGCUGACCCAAUCUCCAGAGUUGAGCAUCAUCUUAUUUCUUUUAUUAUUCCUGGUGUAUGUUACAACUCUCCUGGGCAAUCUUCUUAUCAUGGUCACUGUGACUUGUGAGUCUCGCCUCCACACACCAAUGUAUUUCCUUCUCCGAAAUCUCUCUAUUGUGGACAUUUGCUUCUCCUCCAUCACCACUCCAAAGAUUUUACUGGACCUCCUAGUUAAGAGGAAGACCAUCUCUUUCAAUGGCUGCAUGACACAGAUAUUUUUCUUCCACCUCAUUGGUGGGGUCGAUAUUUUUACACUCUCUGUCAUGGCUUAUGAUCGUUACUUGGCAAUCUCAAAGCCUCUUCAUUAUGUGACCCUCAUGAAUAAUGGAAGGUGUUUUGGGCUCCUUGUGGCCUCCUGGGUGGGGGGCUUCAUACAUUCCAUUGUGCAGGUCUCUCUGUUGCUCCCACUCCCAUUCUCUGGGCCCAAUGUCAUUGAUGGUUUCUACUGUGAUGUCCCCCAAGUCCUCAAACUGGCCAACACUGAUACCUUUACUCUGGAGCUUCUUAUGAUCUCCAACAAUGGUCUUCUUGCCACAGUUUGGUUCUUUCUGCUCAUUGCGUCCUACACGGUCAUCAUGGUGAUGUUGAGAUCUCACACAGGAGAGGGCAAGAGAAAAGCCAUCUCAACCUGCUCUUCCCACAUCACUGUGGUCACCGUACAUUUGGUGCCCUCUAUCUAUGUGUAUGCCAGGCCCUUCUCUGCCCUUCCUUCUGACCGAGUCAUCUCUGUCACCUUCACUGUCAUCUCCCCUCUCUUGAAUCCCAUGAUUUACACUCUGAGAAACCAGGAGAUGAAGUCAGCUAUAAGAAGACUACAGAAACAACUUGUACCUUCUACAAAGGAAUUGCCUCUGUUCUAA